AUGGGAUCUUUCAACAUUAUACACAUGAACCGCAAUAAAUUAAAAGAAGGUGAAGUAGGAAAAUCAAGAAAACCCUCCAAUCGUAAAGCUAAUAAAAAGCUGCAUAACAAGAGUCGCAUGCAUAUACAUGAAGGCAAAUCUUAUCGUUUGCGACAUAUUUCAGUUUGCUUGAAUUCUUUUUUCCAGUUUUUAUAUGUACACAGAUUUCGUUUGCUACCAGACGAAAAUGCAGACAGACUUUCCGGCUCCAUUCUAACAUCCUACAGAGUCGAAAAUCACAGAGAAAAUCUCACACUUACAAUUCUUGGAAUGUUUGAUUGCGAAAUUAAAAUUACAGGUUCGAUGAACAAGAUUUACAGAAACACUUCGUUAAGAAUUUAUAAUGUGGAAAGUUUAAGCUUUGAAAGUUCCAUGGGGCCUUCAACAAUUUAUUGGGAUAUUCUCAUUGAAGUGAUGUCGUGA